CCGGUUUUACCCGUUUUUUAUGAUACCCCAAUAGAGAAUUCCUGCCUGUUUUCCGCCAUCAUGCGAUUGACCGUUGAGCUGAUCCAAAAUUCCUUUUCCUACAUCAAUCCGCUUAAGGAUCGCGAGCUAGAUCUUCGAGGGCACAAGAUACCCGCGAUUGAGAACUUGGGUGUUGCCAAAGACCAAGAUGCGAUCGACUUUACCGAUAACGACAUUUCCUCUCUUGGAAACUUCCCUUUCUUCCCUCGCCUUCACACCCUCCUCCUCGCGCGAAAUCGAGUCCGACACAUUCAGCCUGCGCUCGCGACGUCGAUUCCGGGCCUGAGCAACCUCGUGUUGACCGCAAAUAAUAUUGCAGAGCUGGCGGACUUGGAUCCCCUACGCAACUUCACUAAGCUCACUCAUUUGAUUUUGCUCGAGAACCCGGUUACAAGGAAGGAGCACUACCGGUACUGGGUGAUUUGGAGGAUCCCGACUGUUCGAUUCCUAGACUACCAGAAAGUGAAGGACGCAGAACGUGAGAAGGCCCAAGAACUUUUCGGCACUGCUGAAGAACCCUCCGCGCUGGCGUCGAAGAUUAUGGGCGUCAAGUCCCGCACAUUUGACCUUCCAUCUGGCGGUCCUACAGAUCGCGCUCCGGCGGACAAGGCUGUUCGCGUCAAGCUCACGGAAAAGGAGAGGAAGCGCGUGGAGAAGAUGAUCCGGGAAGCGAAGAGCUUGCAGGAGAUCACACGACUAGAGAAGGAGCUGAAUGAGGGCCGGAUACCCGGCGGGGCGCUUGUCGACGGCGAGGACAGCGACGACGACAAAAUGCAGAUGUAAUUCUUAUGGGUGAUAUUGUUUCGUUUGGUGAUCUCUCUAGGGCUUCUUGGGACGGACUGUUUGCGGGAUAGCAUCGCAAUGGUUAAUGUGUUUCUCUGGCGUUGGCUGUGAACUCGGCAAUAACAAUUGAGAACUACUGUCUUUUGCUUCUGGUAUGGGUUAAAAGAAUUGACUUGUUUUCCUG